CGACGCAGGCUACUGCGUAUGAACAAGCAAUUUGGCGACGGUAGCAAUAUCGUAUAUUCAAAAGUUAGUCUCGAACGGACGUGGUUCUGGCGGUGGGUGCUGUUGAGCAAUAAAGUGGAAGGCGCAAAGUGUUCGAGUAGCGUCACUCGGUGGAUUUGAUUUGCCCCGAGGGCCAGCCGUGCGACCUUCCUAUUCCUUCGGAGGUGGAAUUUUUCUCUCGAACAUCCUCUCACCUUUGACAGAACAUUCGUUUUUCGACGAAAUACGUUUCGUCUCUGCUUGCUUGCAUCAACAUGCAGCAGGAUCCAUCGAGCCAGGAGUACGCGGACGAGGUUGCUCGUCUCCGCGCGAGCGAGUCUGACUCUGAUGCUGAGCUUUUGGAAAAUCUAGGCUACAAGCCAGUUUUGCAUCGAUCUUAUACGCUUUUCCAUAACUUUUCUACAACCUUUGCGGCAUUGUAUUUUGUAGGAGGUGUUCGGGUUACCUUCUCGACAGGUAUUAGCGCCGGUGGUAACCUUGCCUAUUGGACGAGCUAUAUCGUGACUUGCGUCUUCACCUUCAUUACAGCAGCCGUCAUUGCUGAGAUAUGCUCCUCUCUACCACUUGCUGGAUCUAUCUACCUCUGGGCUGCUGAGGCUGGCGGGCCCAGAUUUGGUCGCUUCUUUGGCUUCAUUGUAGCUUGGUGGAGCACCACGGCAUGGACAACCUUCUGCGCAAGUAACACUCAGGGCGCGGUCAAUUACCUUCUGGCUGAGAUUGUGGUGUUUGAUGUCGACUAUCCCUCGGACUCUGACCACAUCAAGUACCGCGCUGUGCAAUGGGCUGUUACCGAAUUCAUGCUGGCAGUAGCUUGCAUUGUAAACCUGCUUCCGCCCAAGUUUUUCCGUUGGAUCUUCUAUGCUUCCUCGAGUAUGGUCGUAUUGGACUUCAUUCUCAAUAUGAUCUGGCUUCCCAUUGGAGUGGCUCAAACAUAUGGCUUCCGCACCGCGCAUGAGGCUUUCAUGACCACCUACAAUGGCACCGGAGCUCCUGCUGGCUGGAACUGGUGUCUUUCUUACCUGGCUACUGCUGGUAUCUUGAUUGGAUUUGAUGCUUCUGGCCAUGUGGCUGAGGAGACCAAGAAUGCCAGUGUGAAUGCUGCUAAAGGAAUUUUCUGGAGUACCGUCGUCAGUGGCAUUGGCGGCUUUAUUGUCGUGAUUAUGUUCUUAUUCUGUGUGCCUGACGCGGACACCUUCUUCCAGUUCGGCUCUGAGCAGCCAUUUGUACCACUCUAUGCCGUGGUCCUUGGUCAGGGCGGACAUGUAUUCAUGAACGUCGUCUGUGUCGUAGCACUUUGGUUCAACACGGCAAUUGCGGUGCUCGCCGCUUCCAGAUUGGUCUUUGCUGUCGCCAGAGAUGGCGUUCUCCCCUAUUCCGGCUGGGUAUCUCAAGUUUCCAAUGGCCAGCCUAAGAACGCCGUCAUAGUCGUUUGGGUCGUUUCAGCCAUUGUCAGCUGCACAAUCCUUCCUUCCAGCACUGCGUUCACCAGCCUGGUUUCAGCCGCAGGUGUCCCAUCCGCAGCGGCAUAUGGUCUGAUCUGCCUUUCCAGACUCAUCCUUACGCCAAAAACAUUCCCCAAGCCCAAGUGGAGUCUUGGAAGACUCAGCAAACCAUUCCAAUUUAUCGCUGUCUUCUUUAACGGCUGGGUCGUUGCCGUGUUGUUCUCGCCGUAUGCUUUCCCAGUCACUGCAGGAAAUCUGAAUUAUGCCCCGGUGAUCAUGGGAAUUGUUACAAUCUUCGCCAUUGUUUCAUACUUCAUCAUCCCGGCGGAGAGAUGGCUGCCGAGUCAUAGAAUCCAGCAGACACUCGAGGCAGAAGGACCAAAGUCACUUCGUGUGGAAACAAUCGCUCACGACUAGAGCCGAGUCUUCACGAGCGACAAGAUUUGUACAUAUGGCUCAGAAACUCGCCAUGUAAUUACUAAAAGUUAAUAUCACACUUGCACAGCAUUUUGUGUUUUUUUACUCGCAAAGGUGAACUGCACCGACUACACCGCCAGUCUGGUUCCUUGUAAGCACGACUUGGUGAUCCUAAGGCAUGUGUUGACCAUCAAUGUACAAACUUCAAGCGAAGGAUGACAAUGUCUCACCAAACCAAGCGACUUCGGAGGCCGUGUUGUGAAGCGACAAUGAUUCGAUGAACAUAUGUUGUUUUACGGA